AUGGCUAAGACAAUUGCUAAUAGACUCAAACUUGUCCUUGGCAGUCUUAUCUCCCCUUCUCGGGGUGCUUUCCUUUCUGAGUGUGUCAUUUUCGAUAAUAUUUAUAUUGCCCAGGAGAUUGUCCAUGCCAUUAAUCAUAGAAAGCAGGGUAAGCAAGGUUGGGUUGGUCUUAAGCUUGAUAUGGAGAAUGCUUUCGACCGAGUUGAAUGGAAUUUUCUUACUGCUAUCCUCAAUUGUUUUCAUUUUCCCAGUAAAUUCACCAACUUAAUUCAUCAAUGUGUUUCCUCGGUUACUAUUCAUUUCAGCAUCAAUGGACAAAUUUCUGACCAAAUCUUUCCUUCUCGUGGUAUAAGAGAGGGUGAUCCUUUAUCACCUUAUCUUUUCUUGCACUGCUCUGAAGGUCUUACUGUUGCCCUAGGCAUCCAAGAAAGAUUAGGUUCUUUUAGGGGCAUUUCUAUUGCUCGCAUUGCCCCUGAAAUUUCUCAUCUGCUCUUUGCAGAUGACACUUUUCUCUUCACUACUGCCUCUACUGCUUCCUGUAAUGCUCUUAAAGAGGCUCUAACUCUCUAUAAUCUUGCUUCGGGUCAAAUAGUCAAUUACACGAAGUCUUCUAUUAUUUUCUCUCCAAAUACCCCUCCUUCUCUCUCAGCCUAUUUUUUUGAUACCUUGGGCCUGGAGCCAAAGCCUUUCAUUAGUUUCAGGUCCUUAGUUCAUCACAACCAAGUCAUGAUUGCUAAGCAAGCAUGGCAUGUUUUCCCUAAUCCAAAUUCUCUUCUUGCUACUGUCCUUAAAGCUAAGUACUUUAAAUACACUGGUUUUCUUGAGGCUGGUCUUGGGCACUCCCCUUCUCUUACUUGGUCUAGUCUUUUGUGGGAAAGGGAUCUUCUUAAAAAAAGGUUGAUGUGGAAGCCUCCUUCGAAUAAAGUCAAUUUCUUUAUUGAUGAGUAUGGUCUUUGGAACCGUGCAAAACUUGCUCAUUAUUUUGAUGACCCUAUUGUUUCUUCCAUUCUUCAAGUUCCUAUUGGUGGCCUACAAAAAGAUGAUCUUCUGAUUUGGAAUCAGGACUCCUCUGGUAUUUUUUCAAUCAAAUCUGCUUAUCACUUAGCCAAUAAUGCGUCUCUCCCUCCUUCUUCCUCUAACCCAUCUUUCAUUAAAAAUUGCCCCAGUGAAACCGUUACUCAUGCCUUGCUAGACUGUUCCAGUUCAGCUAAGAUAUGGAAAGCUUCACCGCUUAGGAACUUUUAUAGUUCUCAUAGACAUACUGGUAUUAAAGAAUUUUUGCUUUCUAGUUUCUUGCAGCUGAAUAAAGAGAACCUGUCACUUUUGUUAUCUACUGUUUGGGCAAUUCGGAACUUUAGAAAUAAAAAAUUAUUCGCCAAUUCUAGUCUAGCUCCUGUUGAUGUUGUUGCUUGGAUUAAUUCUUUCCUUUCAGAUUACAGAGAAGCACAACACAGUGUGAAGAAGUAUAAUAUGUCUAAGGCUUCGCACUCUCCUAGCAAGCCAAAGCAUGUCUCGCCAGGUUUCUAUCAACUUAAUACUGAUGCAGCAUUAAGUUCAGAUCAAGGCAAGCCUAGUUUUGGGGUGUUGGGUUUUAUGCCCUAA